CAUGUCGGUGAGAAAUCCUGUAGUGUAGUUUGACCACGGUUGGUUGUGACUGGCCAGACGUCCAACGGUCGCCUGUCAGAAGCAUCACCGAAAUCCUACCGGCUAGCUGUGGUCCCGUCCCUCAAUGGCCAGUUCAACCGUCGUUACACCGGGUCAAACUACAGUUACUGGAACAGGUGAAAGUGGAGCAGCGGGACUCAACCCAGACAACAUCGCCUUCUUCCUGGUGCCUGUUUUCUUCUUCUUGGGCCUACUUGGUGUGGUGAUCUGCCAUGUGCUGAAGAGGAAAGGCUACCGGUGCACCACUGAGACCCAGGAUGAUGAUGAGGAGGUGUUUGAAGAAGAAAAGGAUCCUGAACUGGGUGGAGAUCUGAACGACACCCUCAGUGACAACAAUGACACAGUUGGACAGAUUGUUCACUACAUAAUGAGAAACGAAGCAAACUCAGACGCCCUAAAAGCCAUGGUUUAUGAAAACAGCAUUGAUUCUGAUGGUCCUCCACUCACCCCCACCUCCCCCAUCACCCCAACCCCUCCGAUGACUCCCGUAUCACCGGGGGCACCCCCAGGAGCUGCCAAGCACACUUGCAACCACCUGCACACGAUCGGUGGGCCUGGAGGCAACAAGAACAUCUGCACCCGCUGCAGCCAGAAGAAAUGGCCGCUGAUCAGGAAGCCAUCAGCGCGUAAGGCAGAGCAGCGCCGCAGCCACCACGGAGAGGUUACGGUCCUGGCUGUGGGCAGGUUCCGGGUGACCAAGUGUGAAAAACCAACCAGGGACAGACGGACUCUGUUGAUAACAGACUCCAACGGGAGUGUCCCUACAUCACCUACAGAGUCGGAGCCCAAGAGCCGGACCACGUCUGAGUCCCAGCAGGUGCAAACAGACAACUUGGACAAAGAGAAAUGAUAAAAAUCCAGCUUUCCAGAGAGAGGAGAGAAGCAACAUCUGGACACUUUUUAAAAUCGAACAAGUACAAGAAAACAUCAGCACAGGAGAAACAAGAAGCGGCAGAGUCGAUCUGGGAAUCGCCUCUCCACAUUCUCGCUCCACAGGGAGUGAAACGUGCAGCUGAUGAAGCAGACAGUGGUUAUUUUACAAGUACAGGGGGGGUAAGGUGUGUCUAGUUGUGAUACACUCCAUUUCCUCCUAUAAUAGAUUUACAGUAGUGCCUUGCUCAAAGGCAGAGUAACGGCUUGAUGUCAAGGAACCCUGAUCCAGGGCUCUCCCAAAUGAACUAAGCUCUUAUUACUCAACAUGCCGAUGCGGUCCAUGAUGUACGUUCAUAUGAUUUCACCUGUAAUCAACCAGUUAAUUUAUAAAGCUACACCCCCAGGAACAGGUACAGCCAAUCUGAGAUAAAACUAGGUCAGUCAUUCCCAAACAGGAAGAAGGAACAACCUGAUAUAGUAGUCAUAGAGCCGGGAAACAGACUGGAGCGUUAGUCUGUGAUAAGAGGAAGGCAACAGUAAUCACAUCCUGUAAUAGCAUGAACAUGAUGUCAAAGUGUUCCCUGUAGUCAGCGUGAUUAAGCAUCCCGACUGUGUGCGUUGCAAGGUCAACACGUCUGCUUUUCAAAUUUCCAAUCUCGUCUCUUUGUGUUGAUCUUCAAAUCUGACCUCUAUAAAGAAGAACAUGCAGUAUUCUACACCAAACAACAAAUUAGACACAGGCUCACUAGCUAUAAGUGAGUGAGUGUCUCAUACAGCAAACACGGAGCAACUUUAUGAUUCGUCUGGAGUCGAGUUUGUUUUCACCUGAUGAUCAGAGGAACCUAUAUUCACUCUCCUUUAAGCUCUGGUUUGGUGCUACUGACUGAAAGAAAUAUCUGCCUCCUUAGCUACUAAAUACUCCACCGUGUUCACCUGCUAGUUGCUAACUUUGUCUGUCUGUUGCUUUGUGUUAAAUAGGUGGCGUACAGUUGGUUUAUCAGAGCUUUUUUUCCGGUUGGCUUUGAAUGGAAAUAACUUUAAUUGGAGCAAAUGAACCAAAACAGUAAAAUUGUGCGACAUAAAUCCAAAACAAUUAGCUGAGAGAUGGCAAAACAAUAUGUUAAAGCGUGUAGUGAUAAUUCUCUGUGGGUCCAUCACAAUGGAUGACCCCUUUUUCAUUACACACCGUCAUGUGACCAGUUGUUAAUAUAAAAAUAUUGAUUGUUGCAGCUUUAAUUUGUGAUGCUGAACUUAGACAUUGAGACUGGAAUAUGUGUUUUUUUAUAUACUGUGCUAAAAUGUAUUCUUUAACAAAAAUAUAAUUCAUUCACAUUAUAUUGGAUUAGUUGUAGGACAUCUAAAACACAUUUUUGGUUAAAGAUUCGUGUCAUGUCCCUAUCGACUUCACUCUGGUGUACAUGUAGAAUGAAUGUUCAUCUGUCGAAGCCAAACGAAACUACUUCUUUUUAAUUCAGUCUGGAUUCAUCAUAUUUGUCCAUGAGCUGCCUUUAUAUUAAUCAUCAAUGCACUAAGGGGUCAUGAGCAAAUAGUCUGCAAAUGACUUAAUCCAUUAUGGAUUAUCUGUCAGUUGUUCCACCAGGAUAUAAGCCUAACUUUUUUUCUAAUGAAAUGUGCCUUUCAUUUCUAAGCAUGGGUCUAUUUGUAUGGAUGUGUUUUAUAGUGAAAGGCAGACAACAUGUGCUGUCAUUUGAUAAGAGUUUACAGUGUCAAGAAUCAUUUGUUGUGGAGAGCAAUUCAGUGAGAGAGAGAGGUGAAUGUUGCCGCCAAAAAUACUGUGCUUUAAAUCUUUGUGUGUGUGUGUGUGUGUGUGUGUGUGUGUGUGUGUGUGUGUGUGUGUGUGUAUAUAUGUAUGUGUGUGAGAGAAGGAGAGAGAGGGAGAUGCAAAUGAGUAACUUUUAUAAUUCCUUCUCCAUUAAGCGAAGCGUCAUUAAGGGAAAAUUUACAGUAUUUUUCACCCUUUGUCUUACUCUCAGAUUCGACCUCUCUGAGUCAUGUUAACGUUGAACUUGUCACCUCUGUGAGUCUGGUGAAAAGCUUUUAUUGGGGCUUUAAUUAAAGCUUUAAUUUUACAUAAAUAAUUUAAACACUUGACUCUUAAACUACUUGAACAAAAACACGGGUCAGACAUUUGACAGUUAAUGUGAUCCCAUUUACACUUUGUCGCUCCCACAAACGGCUUCAGAUGCAUUUCCACCACCAUCUGGACUGAGGUAACGCCGACCCUGAUUUACAUUCAGGCCAAGAAAAUCAAGACAGAUUACAAUCAGCCUUCUUAUUUAGCAAACGGAGACGUGUAUAUAUGUGGCUAAGUUUAAAUAAAAACUGAAUCACAUCUGAAUUUUAUUCAGAUAUGACACACUUGAAAUGACAAGUGUACCUGGGGCCUAAAUAAGCACAGAACUUCUACAGCAGAGCUGUCAGGUGCAAAGUUAACGUGAGAUCCAGGUUAAGAAAUACUGUGAAUUUUUUUUAAGGAAUCAGCCCAUUCAAUGUUUUUUUUUUUUUUCAGGUUCUACUCAAAAUACCAAACAAAGAGAAAAUGACAAUGAGAACAUAAUAGUUGUCAGUUCUCUAUAGUCCGGUUUUCUGUAACAACCAAAUCAGUUGAGUUGAAUAUUUAUUUUUCUAUGCUCAACACUCUUGACAAUACCCAAAAUAAAUUGAGCCUCUUGACGAGGAGGAAACCAAAUUCAACCAAAGCAAAAAACAAACAUGUAUUUUGUUCUGACAUCAGUAGUUUUAACUGUCUACUUCAUUGUGUGAAAAAACAACGGGUAAGAUCGAGCAGCAGAGUGAACUCAAAAGUUAAAUCUGCUUCUUAAACAGGUGCUCCACCAACUUUAUACAUAAAGUUUUAGUUUACAAGUCACAAAAUGGAUCAUCUCAGUCUGGGCUUGGAGACUACAAACUUUUUUGGUGCUUGGCCUGUUCUGGAAACUAAAAGUCGGAGCAUUUUUGCUUCUGCUGCUUUGAUCUAGACCAUUUAAAGUUUCAUGCAACUUUAUGUAAGUACGAUACUAAAUCACCAGUCGCCCUUUUAAAGACCCUUGUGAGGUGAGACGUAGUCAACCAAACAUAUCGUUGUGAUCAACAGGCAUCAUAUUAGACGUGGUAUUUGUGAAUGUCAUUUCAUUGGGCCUUGGUUUUUAAAACCAUACAUACAAAUUCUGUUUUUCAUAUUUUGGGACAGUUUGCUGUGUUUAUAUUGUUGUAUAAUGGAAAUAAAAAUAAAGCAAAUAAAGAUGACUAAUAUCACAUGAAAC